AUGAUGAGUAUUGCGGAUCAUCUUAAGGAUUACAAAUUCCACCUUGAUUCCUGGAACAAGGUUCGACUGUCAGUUCAGAUGAAUAUGAAGGCCAUCUCAAUCAUAUUGGAGAAGUUUAGACUCUACAAUGUGCAAGAGGUUAUUCCAUAUGAUGACGAUAAGACAAUGAACGCAAUUUUGGAUUCAUACUAUGUACCUAUUGGCGCUCCGCCUAGUACGAAUGGACAGGCGGAUAAACAACUUUUGGAAAAGUCACAUUCAGUCGACCAUGGUUUAAACACUUUAGAACCAGGAGAUUUGCAGUAUGAACCCCUAAGCGCAGUUGAUUUGGAUAUUUCUGAUUUGCGCCAUAUUGAUGACGAAUUGCAUAUUCCUACAAAGUCACCUGUAUUGGCCUCUUUAAUGAUUAAUCAUCCGGGAACAAUAACUCUAUUUUUGCAGAAACAAAGUAAUAAGAUUAUGCAGCUUAUUUUUGAAAUCAGAGCUAUGUACGAUGAUUUCAAAAAACGCCACCUACCGAAAAUGCAGUCCAUCUACGAUGCCUGCGAAGUAUAUAGGAAUCGUAUGAUUUGUACUCAUGUGCUAGAAGAUAUUCUGGGACCAAGAGGUUUGUGA